AUGUUUUUUCAACAUUACAACUCUCUAGCUGCCACCAAGAGCAUGGGCGAUAAUGGAUUCGAAAAUAAUUCAUCGUCAAAAAGUGUUACUCUCCUUCUCAAGUUUAGUGAAACGAAUUUGGAAAUUACAUUCACCUGUGUGAUUUUCACUAUUACGUUCUUUGGAGCAAUUGGAAAUCUUGCAGCUAUCGGUAAAAUCAUAUACGAUCCGAAAAACCAUACACCGACAUUUGCUGUGAUCGGUCAGUUGGCUUUGGCAGAUUUUCUAUCAGUUACAACUACAACUUUUAUCAGAAUGACAAACAUUUGGGAAAUUUGGUUUCAUAUUAUAUUCAUCUCGAACACGAGUAUUCUGAGUUCUUAUUAUUAUCAUGUGUGUUUUCUGUCUGUUGUCAGAUAUUUGAUCACUGUACAUCCCCUACAAAGCAGACAAUAUCUCACUGUAACAGCGGUAUGUUUGUGUUCACUUACAAUAUGGAUAUCUAGCGGUGUAGUUGGAACGUGUUUUACUAUAUUUCGGACAUCAAAUACAUUUUUGGGCCGGAUUAUUAUCGAUGUUGUUUUAUUGUUGACAGUUUUGUUUAUAAUGAUCCUUUUACAUGUUAAGAAAAUAAGAUCAUUACAGAAUUCAUUGUCUGUUACAGAACAAUCACAAAGAAGAAUGAAUAGUGUUGUCACUGUGAUCAUUAGUAUAUUUGCAAUACUUCAAAUCAUUAUAAUUUCAAAUGAAAUACUAUUAAUCAUUUAUUUUCAACUAUUUUCAGAUGAAAUAGUAAUCUAUAUUAUUUACAUAUCAUUUUGUAGAAUGUUUUUUGAAUGCUUAAAUUUUUCUUGCAAUCCUUAUAUACUAUUUUUUUCACAAUUUAUCUAGGGCUUUGCGUUAAAUAUUCCGUUUUGUACAGCACUACAUGUAUAAUAUCAAACACCCAUGGUUAUGUGUCAUAUAACAUUAUAUGGUAGG